AUGGCUCAGCCUAGAAGGAACCUCUCUGUUGAGCUCCAAAUUCUCAACUCCGAGGAUCCACAUCCAACACGCAACUUCAUCCUGAGAAGCCCCACCUACGCUAUCCGCAUCGGCCGAGGCUCCAAGUCAGGGAAUAGAGAACUCUUUCCGGCCAGCUACAAUGCCUGGUUUGAUUCUCGUGUUAUGUCCAGAGAGCAUGCAGUUCUCAAAGCGGAUCCAGAUGAUCGGUGCGUCUACAUCGAAGAUGUGGGAUCUAUGCACGGAACGUACGUAGAGGAUCAGAGGGUUGUAGCACGUGAACGCCAUCGUCUGUACGAUGAAGAUCUUGUGAAAUUUGGUAACGUGGUGACUCGAGGACCAGAGUCGUUCCCUCCGCUCCAUGUCGUCGUGCGAUACUCGUGGGUUGCUGAGAGGUAUAUCUCCCCUAUGAUUGUUGCUGGUCUCUGGUUGACGCCAUUUUAUAGCUUUGGACAGCCACAAGCAGCGCCAGGAACGUCUCAGGUCGAACUUCCACCAAACACUUUCCAUGUGCCAGACUAUGACGACGAGGAAGAUGGGGAAGACGCUGAUAUCUCCUUCGUACAAGAAACAGUCCUCAAACCCAAGCUCGAAGUUGUUGUUCCUACUCAGAUAAUUGACCUCGCCGAUUCGCCUAUCGAUCAUUCUUGCAUUGAAGAGGCAAUGUCCAAAGACACAGGGCGACUAACGGCUUACUCACCCACUAGCCCUCUGCCGCCUCUUCCCAGCUCCGCUUCAAGUCCAUUGCCUAGGUCAAUGGACGGCAAGGCCUAUCCGUCUUCUCCAGCUUUGCAAAUGUCACCUGCAGCCGCAGGCCCUUCAGGACUCAGCGAGGCUGAGCGGCAGGCGGACAAAUGGGCAAUAAACCUCAACAAGCAUAAUACCUCCUCUUUCGGGAGUUCAAUGUCCUCAGACCAGCAAUCACCUACCAACAACAGCAGUCCUCCGACCAGUUCUCUGAGCAAAGAGUCCAACCACUACCCUAACGCAAAACCCAGUGGUUAUGGAAGUAGCCAUGUGGCAAGUCAACCGACUGAUCUAGACAAGGGAACCACACUGGUGGAUGAGGAUCUCACACAGAGCGAAUCUGACUCUGAUGACCCCAACUCACCUGCUCUCAUGGUCGAUGAUAGCGAGGAUGAACAGGGGCAUGAUGCUGUGACGGACUAUGGCAGCGACUCUGAUGAAGAAGCUUUGUUGAUCGCGGAGGACCAUGGAACAAAAACAACUCGUGCUGAAGAAGAUUCGACCGAUAGUGAGAGCAGUCGUUCUGACUUCUCUGAUGACAUCGGGAUGGAACGCGACGAGGAUAUUUUUGACCACUUUCCGAACAAGACAUUUGGCACCAAAGAGUCAAUGCCAAAGGAUACCUGUGGUGAUUAUGAGACAACGACAACUCAGCCCGAGGCAAUUCCGUACAAUAUGCGUCCCGGUAACUUUACUAUGCACGCCACACGCCUCAGUCUGCCUGCCAAUACUCUGAAUCGAGCCCCCAGUCCAUCGGAUGCAGCCAUGGCAAAACCUUGUGAAUUUCCGACCCAUAACUCGGGCGUCCCAGGCGGUCAAUACCCAUACACCAAUUCCCAGCAGUGGUCGACUCCGAUGGCUUCAGCCUACAGCUCAGCUUGGCCAUGCACAUUUGAUGGCAGGUCGCACGCUCCGUACGAUGAACGAUUUGGCGAGUUUCCAUAUUCCUAUGGUGCCAGCUGUGCCCCGGGGCAAGUACCAUCUGAUCCUCUCCGCGCCUACCAGUCACAAAUGUCUAUGCUUGACGCUCAAAGCUUUCCCGGCACGAAGCAAAUUAAUCGACCGAGCUGUACCUUGCCCCAGCCACCAUGGCAACCACCACCAAUCUUUAAGCCGAAUUCUUCAAUGAAUGCUCUAACAGCAGUAGCUAUUGUCCCAGAGAAUGCGUCUAAACCCACCGCUAAGGUAUCCAUCGACAGCAUUGUCGAGCGUGUCGCGGAUGAACCUAUGCCAUCUCAGAACGACAACAAACUCAAACGAAAGGCAGACGACAUGACCAGUAGUUCCGUUCCAGAAUCGACAUCUACGACCCAAAACCAUGUUGCGCAAAUCGAAGCUGCAGAACCGCCUGCCUGCCGCUCACAAUCCAAAAUCGCGAGCAUGACGCAGGUUAAAGCCCUCCAGGCUGUGCCAUCCGUUACUGGUAACGAGGAGGAGCGUCCAGCGAAGCGUGCGAGAACCGGGAAUGAGACUGGAAGAACCAGCUUCGCCACGUUGGCUGCUACAGCUCUAGCCGGUGCGGUGGUCGGUGGGGUUGGUGUUGUUGCCGCGCUUGUGUCACUUCCUCAGGACUUCUUCGUCUAA